GCUUCCGGCGCGGGCGGUGCAGGCGGAAGCGGCCGAACAUGGCGUCGGGCGGUGCCGGCUCCCGCUCCCCCUCGCCCGCCCUCCACCAGCCCCCGCCCUUUCCCGACACCCGCGGCGGCGGCGCGGCCGACAGCGACACGGAGGGCGAGGACAUCUUCACCGGCCCCAGCAAGCCCACAGCACUGAAAAAAGAAUCUCCUGUCCCUGCGAGCAGCAUCUCCAAAGAGAAUGGGGUUCGCAUAGAGCAAGAUGACCAGGACUUAUUUGCAGAUGCCACCGUCGAGCUGUCUCUAGACAGUGCACAAAACAACCAGAAGAAGGAGCCGGCCAAAGCAUCCGAUCCUGCCUCCUCUUUAGAAGUAGCUGCAAGUUCUUCUUCCAGAAACUCUCCAAAGAGCUACGAGGAGCUGGAAGAGGAGGAACAGGAGGACAAAUAUGAGCUGACCAUAGGAGUGAGUGACCCAGAGAAAGUUGGGGAUGGUAUGAAUGCGUACGUAGCCUACAAAGUGUCAACACAGACGAGCAUGCCAAUGUUCAGGAGCAAGCAGUUCUCAGUGAAAAGGAGAUUCAGUGACUUUCUGGGUCUCUAUGAGAAGCUGUUGGAGAAGCAUGCCCAGAAUGGGUUCAUCGUUCCUCCACCGCCUGAGAAGAGUCUCAUAGGAAUGACCAAAGUGAAAGUUGGGAAAGAAGACUCCUCCUCUGCAGAGUUCCUAGAGAAAAGACGGGCUGCUCUAGAGAGGUACCUACGGAGAGUGGUCAGCCAUCCAACAAUGCUGCAGGACCCUGACGUCAGGGAGUUCUUGGAAAAGGAGGAGCUACCAAGAGCAGUAGGCACCCAGACCCUGAGUGGAGCAGGAAUACUGAAGAUGUUCAACAAAGCUACGGAUGCUGUCAGCAAAAUGACCAUCAAGAUGAAUGAAUCGGACAUAUGGUUCGAGGAGAAGCUGCAGGAGGUGGAGUGUGAGACCAGCGGCUGGCGGAAGCUGCACGGUGUUGUUGAGAUGCUAGUGAACCACAGGAAAGAGCUAGCGUUGAACACGAGCCCAGUUUGCAAAGAGCCUGGCCAUGCUGGGGAGCUCGGAGGGACAAACACGGCCCUGUCCCGGCAUUGUCCCAAUUGGCUGAGGGUGGAAGAGAAGAUCGAGGCAGCUACACCAGGAACAGGCUAACAAUGACUUCUUCCUCCUGGCUGAGCUCCUGGGAGACUACAUCCGCCUCCUCUCAGUUGUGAGG